AGAGAGGAAACUAAGGCGCAAAUCAAAGGUAUGACGGAGGCAGAGAUCGGGAGCGUAGCUAAACCAAGAGCCAAGAAAGAGAUAGCUCCAGGGAGGUUGAUCGAUACAUAUGCAGCACAAUGCGAGAACUGUCACCAGUGGAGGGUGAUCGAUAGCCAGGAGGAGUACGAGGAGAUCAGAAGUAAAAUGAUCGAUGACCCUUUUACCUGCGACAAGAAACAAGUCGCUUGUGAAGACCCUGCAGAUCUUGACUAUGAUUCCUCUCGUACAUGGGUCAUCGACAAGCCUGGUCUCCCCAAAACCCCCAGAGGUUUCAAGAGGAGCCUUGUCCUCAGAAAAGACUACUCUAAGAUGGAUACUUACUACUUCACUCCUACUGGUAAAAAGCUUAGGAGUCGCAAUGAAGUUGCUUCGUUCGUGGAAGCCAAUCCUGAAUUCAAGGAUGCGCCUCUUGAAGAUUUCUCUUUCACUGUCCCUAAGGUGAUGGAGGACACUUUUCCUCCUCCUGGUGAUGCUAAGCUUGAAGACUCUCCUAGUCCUAUUGCUACACCUUCUGAUGAUGUUGUUUCAGACAAGAGCACCAAAUCCAAGCAAACCAAAGGCAAAUUAAAGAUUGAAGAUGAGACUCUCUCCGCUACUCCUCACGUUUCUUCUGCUCUCUAAUCAAAUAUUUGCGUUGCGAGUUUGUUUGUUGAUUGGCUUUUUUCUUUUUUAUCAAACUGUCACUGAGCUGGAUAUUUGUACUUCUUAAAGGGGGGGCUUUUUUUUUGUUAAGAAGCUAAGCCGCCUCUCUGACCUCUCUGAUAAGAACUCGUAGUUUUAAAUGUCAGAAUCAAUGUUAACAUGUUUGCA